CAAACAGGGAACCAUUGUGAAUGAAGUAUUUGUCUUGUCCCUAGAGUAGUUUCCAGGCGACUAGCCCAGGUCCCCCACCAAUAAGUGUAAUGAACAACUCCACCGACACUAGACGCCAUGGAUGCUGUCGCGGACCAGGUCACCGCUCCAGGGGAUUGGUUGCAAGUUGCAACUCAAGGCGCCAUCUUAUCCAUCAUUGGAGUGGGAGGCUCAAAAUUAUAUAUAUAUACAAGUUGCAACUCAAGGCGCCAUCUUAUCCAUCAUUGGAGUGGUAUGCUCGAAAUUAUAUAUAUAUAUAUGCUCCUCCGAUUGUAUCCAUCGAUCAUUAAUUACUGCCACCAUUUGGAACUCAUUAAAACAUAAUACCUGAGGGAAAGAGGAAGAUAUACCUCAUUAAUUGUGAGAUGGCGGAAAGCAUAGUCUCAAAUGUUGCUGGAAAACUAGGGGAACUUCUGAUCAAAGAAGUGAACUACCUGCAAGGAGUAGAUGGAGAAUUGAGAUCCCUCCGUGAUGAGUUCCAAUGGAUUCAAGCCUUCCUCAAGGAUGCUGAUGUUAGUAUCCUAGAAGGCAACGAGAGAGCCAAGAUUUGGGUGAACCAGGUGCGAGACGUUUCUUAUGACGCCGAGGAUGUCAUCGAUACGUACAUAUUCAAGAUUCAUCAACACCGCCGAGGAUCCCAUGGAUGCUUGUUCUCUUCGUUAAUGACAACAUAUGCUUGUCAUCCUUGUGGGCUAACAAUCCUUCAUGACCUUGGUAAUAAGAUUGGCGAGGUCAAGAGGAGAGCUGUGGAGAUCUCUGCUAACCGAUCCAAGUAUGGCAUCGAGAGCAUUGGAGCUCCUUCUUCAGGCUCAUUGAACAAUGAAGCAAGACUGCCUUUGAGCUGGAAGCAGACUCCGGUUGUGGAGGAAGUUGAUGUCAUUGGCUUUGACGAGCAUGUCAAGACAUUGGUACAACUGUUACUGGCGGAGGAUGAAGAUCGGCGUGCUGUCAUAUCAAUCGUUGGCAUGGGAGGGUUAGGCAAGACCACUCUUGCCAAAAAGGUUUCCUCUGACCCCAGAAUCAAGCAGCACUUUAAUUGUCAUGCGUGGGUCUAUGUCUCUCAAGCUUAUACAAGUCGAGGGCUUGUGGAGUCCAUAUUUAAGGAACUCAUGGCCGUUGAUAAAGUGAUGAUGAUGAAUGAGUCCAUCGCUAAACUGGCCGACGGGGAGCUGAAGAAGGUGGUUUAUGAGUACUUGAAAGAAAGGAAAUACUUGGUGGUGAUUGAUGAUAUAUGGUUCCGAGAAGCUUGGGAUAACAUCAAAGAGGUGCUGCCUGCAGAGAUGCUGAAUGGAAGUAAGGUGUUGCUAACUACUCGUAAUAGAGAUGUUGCAUUGCAUGCAGAUAGACAGAGCCAUCCUUUUGAUCUCAAGUUCUUGGGAGAAGAAGAGAGUUGGGAGUUAUUCUUGAAGAAGGCAAUUCCAACAAAGUGCGCUGAGCACUGUCCUCCAAACUUGGAGGAAAUAGGAAGGCAGAUGGUGGCCAAAUGCAAUGGCUUGCCUCUUGCUAUCGUUGUGUUGGGAGGUCUGGCGUUGAGGAAAGAGCAGUCUGAAGAGGAAUGGAGAAAGUUGCUCAAGAGUGUGAGUUGGCAACUAAGAGAAGGUGAAGACCAGAUCUCCAAUAUAUUAGCUCUUAGCUACCACCAUCUUCCCUACUACUUGAAGCCCUGUUUUCUCUACUUUGCUAUGUUACCUGAGGAUUCUUCUCUCAUCAAUGCGAACAGACUAACGCUAAGAUGGAUAGCAGAGGGGUUUAUAGAAGCCAGAGAUGAAGAAACGAUGGAGGAAGUCGCAGAGGAAUAUUUGGAAGAGUUGGUGCAUAGGAGUCUGAUUCAAGUGGCAGAGAGAAAUGUAUUGGGAGGUAUCGAUGUUUGUAGUAUCCAUGAUCGUCUUCUGGACUUAGCCAUUUCUGAAGCCAAAGGUAUGAACUUCAUCCUUGUUAUUAAGAAUAAUAGUGAGGGCAAUAUUGUUACUUUGCAAAAAACUCGUCGACUUGCUCUCCAUGGUGACAAGAGUUGGGAUGUAGCUCAGCAAUAUCCAACUGAUUCUGCCAGAAGCCUACGGACUAUUACUUUCUUUGGUACAAAAUGGUGGGAACGCGAUAUAAACACGGAUAGCUUGUGUGGAAAAUGUAUUAGAAAGAUGUGGUAUAAUUUGGCGUGUGUUCUUUUCUUUGCUUCUUUGCUCAUUGCUGGUCCCAGGGCACUAGUGAGUUUCCAAAAACCCCGAAUUCUAAUCGGCAUGAACCUACUUAGGGUCAUAGAUCUUCGCGGUGUAACAAUAAUUUUGCCUAAAACUAUAGGAGAGCUGAUUCACUUAAGAUACUUGAAUGUGCAAGUUGGACGAACCAAGUCGAUUCCAUCUUCCAUCGGUGAACUCACCAAUUUGCAAACACUUCAAAUUCAGAACAAGUAUUCUACCACUAAGCUACCAAGUGCAAUAUGGAAAUUGCAAAGCAAUCUGAGGCAUUUAGAAUGCGGAGACUCCUGUUCAAUCAAGGGGCAACCAUCAGCUGACAGUUUGCCAAAUCUCCAAACACUUUCAAGCAUUAAAGCAGGAAAAUGGCUAAAUACAGGAUUAUUAGAGAAGAUGAUCAAUUUGAAGAAAUUGAGCAUUUGUGGUAUUUGCAACUCUUAUGGAAAGGCGUUAGACUCUCUUGGUAAACUAAACAACCUCAUUGAAUUGGAGUUAACAUCAGAGGAUGAGCAUGAAAUACCAACCUCAAUACUUACGGCAUCCCAUCAAAAGCAUCUCCGACUUCUUAGAUUGAAAGGAAAAUUAGAAAGACUCCCUGAAGUCAAUACUCAAUCUCUCUUGACAAAUCUCAUCAAGUUGACCUUAGAAUUUUCGGAGCUUAAGGAGGACCCACUUGUGACAUUGGGAAAACUUGAUAACCUUCAAGUUCUUGUGUUAGGAUUGAAUGCUUUCAUUGGGAAGGAGAUGGUUUGUUUGGAGAGAGGUUUCCCUCAGUUGAAGGAAUUAGACAUUUUAUUUUUGAUAUCGUUAGAAGAGUGGAAAAUAGAGGAGGAAGCCAUGCCCAGGCUUAGAAAAUUGACAAUUGCUAGAUGUGUGGAGUUGGUGAUGCUCCCUCAUGGCCUUGGCAAGAUUACUAGUCUACAAGAGUUGCAUGUGAGUAACAUGCCUUCUGCCUUUACCCAGAGAUUGAGAGCUAAUGACGGUGAUGAUUGGCAUAAGGUCCGACACAUACCUCUUCUUGAAGUGACAGACUUAGACUUGGAGGAUUAGUUAUAUUGCUUAUUAUUUUAUGCAGCAUUACAUUGUAAAAAAAAAAAAAA